UGUCAAAAUAUACGGAACAAACAUUGUUGUUGGUUGAGUUAUUUCAGUGUUUUUCGUUAUUUAAAGUAAAAGUUUUCAAUUAAAAUGUGAAAUAUAUACAACCAAUUGGACAUAUACGUAAAACUUAAUUCACAGGAAUUCUUCUGUUUCUCAGUUUUUAUUAUAUGAUGCGAACUUUGUCGAUGCAUGAACACUUUAAAAAGUUAUCGAAUAUUUACUUCAAUUAGUACAACUAGUGUAGUAAAUGUUUAUUAAUUGAAAUAAAUACGUUUAUUGUCCGUUUGUGCGUUAAACAGUCUACAACAUGUUUAUUUAUAUGAGUAAAAAGAUUGCCAUACCCAAGCAGUCAAAUGUUACUUGUAUAUCAUGGAAUCAUUCCUCAGGCUAUAUUGCAGUGGGUGGGGAAGAAGGAAUGUUAAAAGUUUUGAAAUUGGAAUCUGGUGGUGGAGGAAAUCUGUCUAUGAACUUGAGUCUGGAAGGGCACACGGGCCAAUUGCGAGUGGCCAUUUGGAAUGAGGUGUACCAGAAACUGACAACAAGUGAUGAACACGGAGUCAUCAUUGUCUGGAUGUUGUAUAAGGGGUCCUGGUAUGAAGAAAUGAUAAACAAUAGAAAUAAAUCUACUGUCUCAAGUAUGGCUUGGGGCUCAGAUGGGCAAAAGAUAUGCAUUGCCUAUGAGGAUGGUGCUGUCAUUGUUGGAUCUGUGGAUGGGUCCAGGGUGUGGGGUAAAGACAUAAAAGGGCCCGGCCUAACUGCUGUGCAAUGGUCUCCAGACAACACUCAGUUGCUGUUUGCUCUGGUUGGUGGAGAGCUGCAGUUGUAUGACGACCAAGGAAAUUUAACAAUGCCAGUUGCCAUAAAUGGUGUGACAGCAUCAAUGGAGGUGGUCGCGAUGGAUUGGUACGCCGGCAAGGCGCCGCCCAACCGGCCAGUGUUGAUGAUAUGCUACAAAAGUGGAAUUAUAUUGCUGAUGAAAAAUUGCGUGGAAGAAGAUAGUAUAGUAGUUGAAACCAACAUGAUGGCGAUUGACUGCCAUUGGAACCACAAUGGAACUGUGUUGGCUGCCGCCGGGUGCACAUCAGACCAGACCAAUGUGGUACAAUUCUUCAGCGCCUAUGGAGAGCAUAUUCGAACAUUACGAGUCCCUGGCGGGGCGAUGCGUUCGCUAUCCUGGGAGAAGCGGUCCCUGCGUCUCGCUAUCGCCAUCGACUCGUUCAUCUACUUCGCUAAUGUGAAGCCCGACCACAAGUACGCGUUCUACGGAAACACGCUGGCGUACGUGUCUGGCACGGAAACGGUUACAUUCUGGGAUACAGUUACCUUACAGUCGUGGGUGAACCAUAUUCCGGAUGUAAUUGACAUGUGCGGCACGGAUGAGUAUUGUGUUAUUGCCACACUCAACAUGCUAAUUAUCUCCAAUCAACAAGGUAUCCAAUGUGACGCUAAGGUUGUAAGUAUACCCAUGGUGUACGUGGCUAUCAAUAGCAAAGCGACGGUAGUCGCUGCGUCGAAAGAAUCAUUUCUGGUCUGGAAGUUCUCGACGCCGUCCAGACCAAGAAGUACAGAACAUUUAUUUCGCGCCGACGGGACGCCGGUAAACACAGGAGACGUCAGUUACCAAGACGAUACCAUUUGCUGUAUUACUUGCUCAGACAGCCAUCUCCUGGUCGGUCGAGAUUCUGGCACGAUUCUCUUCUUCUCACUUGUGAAUUUCAAGAAGAUUACUUCGAUCAAUAUGAACUCGAGACCAUACAAAUUGGGACUUAAUUCUAAUUCCAGCAAAUUCUACGUAAUUGACCAGCCGGGUUCCUUAUACCUCCUCGACACUGACAUGGCCAACAACAUCAGUGUGGGGCAGGCGCUACGCAAGGACGUGUGGAGCGCGCUGUGGGCGAGCGACAACCCGCAGAUGCUGGCCGUGGCGGAGAAGGCGCGCCUUUAUGUCAUGAGGGAUACGGAGCCCGAGGAGCCGCUCGCGAUGCAGGGCUACCUGUGCACAUUCAAGGAGCUGGAGAUCACAACAGCGCUACUAGACGGGAUCACGGACAAAUGCACGCCGCAGCACAUCGUGCGAGUGGAAGUCAAGUCUCUUAGAGACACUCGGCAGCUCAUCGAGAAAGUCGGCUUGAAGGAGGCAGAGAACUUCAUUAAGGACAACCCACACCCGCAGUUAUGGUUGCUAUUAGCUGAAGCAGCAUUAAGAAAUUUUGAAAGUGAGUCAGCCUUGGAGACGGCGGAGGCGGCCUUCGUGCGGCGUAACGACUACGCGGGAAUCAGAUUCGUCUCGCGACUGAACGCGCUACAUUCGAACGCCCUGAAGAAGGCAGAAAUACUUGCUUACUUUAAAGACUUCGAUGCUGCUGAAAAGAUAUACCAUGAUGAAGAUAGACGAGACUUGGCUAUAGCGCUCCGAAAGCGCCUCGGGCACUGGUUCCGCGUAGUCGAGCUGCUCAAGCAAUCCGCGAGCACCACGGACGCGCAAGUCAAGCAGGCCUACAGCAACAUCGGCGACUACUAUAUAGACCGACAGAAUUGGACCGGAGCUCUCGAGUAUUACACGAUGUCCAAUAACACGGAGGGGUUGAAGAAGUGUUACAUGGCGCUCGAGGACAACGAAGCCCUGUCGAAGCUGUUCACUGGCUCGCCUAGGCAACCUAAGGAUGCGCCCAUGAAAACGAACAUUGACGAGAUGGGUGACAUAAUCAAUGAAACGCCUUCCGUUCAAGGAAUUAUGCAGCUAAAGGAGACGGGUCGCAUGUUACAAGCUGCGGCCAUGGCAUUUCAGCUUGCUAACAUUGAGGCAUCAAAGUGCGUGUCUCCAUCCCGCAUAAAGAAAUUAUACAUCCUAGCCGGACACCUGUACACUCAGAAUUCUGUGGACGGAGCUACGGGGCGGGAGGCCACACGCAGCUUCCGGCUGGGCGCCGCGCAGCACUGGCUGGCCAUGGCGGCCGAGCGCGCGCUGGCCCGCCCGCCGCGCCCCGACGCCGCGUUGCGCGCCGCCGGCCGCCUGGGCGCCGUCGUCGACGACCUGCAUCCCAACCAGCAUCUACAGGUAUGGUGCACAAUUGCAACGAUAGCAGUGGAAGCGAGAGCGUUUGAAUUAUGUUCGAAGGCAUUCAUUAAACUCGAAGCUAUAGAUCCCGAAAACUUUGAAAAGUUGGCAAUUGAAAUUUUUACCAGAUGUAAACCUAAGGAUGUAAAGGGAAAUAAAAUCGACUGCCCAAAUUGUAACGCCGCCAUACCCGAAUGGAAAGCAGUUUGCCCCGGCUGUGAGACCGUGUUCCCGGGCUGCGCGGUGUCGGGGCGCGCACUGGCGGCGCCGCGCGCCGUGUGGGCGUGCGCCGCGUGCGCCGCGCGCGCGCAGCAGCACGAGCUAGUGCUGCGGCACUCCUGCCCCAUGUGCCACGCACCGCUUUAAGGACAAACCGGGGGUGCGAAACUCCUGACUUCGGCCAAACUCGGCUCAGCAUUGCUCCGAGCAAUUAUUAGGGUUGGCACCGCUUGACUUCCUUUUGCGUGCACGACCACAGAUAAGAUAAUCACUUGAAUUUUGACAACCCUAGAUAGCAGAAAGGGAUAGUGCCAUAUAUUAGAAAGGAAUAGCAUGAUUCGACCCUGAACCGCUGUCAAACUUCGGUUUUGUAGGAAGUUUCCUUUCUGUACGGCAGUACUAUUAUUUAUUCUGUGACCAAACGAACGAAUGACGUGCGCAAGAACAAGUUUCCAGGAAAGCAGUGUGUUCUGGUUGUUCCCGGGCUCGUGCUGCGGCACUCCUGCCCCAUUUGUGCCAUCACGCACCGAUGUAAGGCAAAGCAAGCGUGUGACGCACAAAAGCAUGUUUCAAGGAAAGCAUAAUAGGAGAAGCAGGAAUAAACUCAAAUUGAAUUGAAAAUAACACAUAAUAUUGGUUAUUUAUGCCGUUCUUAUUUUCUCCGCCGACGAGAGCGAAGCUCUUAAACAUUUGUGAUUAUUAAUCCGUCCUUAGUAUACAAUUUGGCAGAUAGGGUUAGGUACGAAGAAUUCGCUGUUUAUAUAUUAAGAUAAGUAUAUAGGUACAUAUAUAUUAUACAUUAAGAUAAGUAUUUAAGUAUAUAGGUUUGUAGGUAAUUUAUCUAAGCCUUAUUUACUAUUGGGGUUCGAUUCCCUGAAAUACUCGAGUUUUUAGGGUGGAAUCACAUCUCUCAGCAUCGAGCCGCAUUUUAUAUACAUGAGAAUUUAGUAUGAAGACGCCUACACACCGGAAAGCUGGAACGCUGGAAGCAUGCGACCGCAUCUUCAUACUUUAACGAGCGAUUUCUCAUAUAUAAAAUGCGGCUUGGUGCUGAUAGAUGUGAUUCCACCCUUAGUCUCAUAAAAUCCGCAAUUUGUCCGAAUAAUAAGUAAUAAUUUAUAAUGAAAUAAUAUUUCCUUGUUUUAAAUCACUUUAUUGAUGGUUUUCAAAAGAUGUGUUUGACAUUGUGUUAUUGUGGGUACAGUAACUAGUUGAAUAUGAUGUGACUAGAAAAUUACUGUUGUCUUAGUCUUAUAAAUAACGGUUCUACAAAUGCAAUGUUUUUAAAUAAUAAAGGUGUUUAAACUGUAUGU